AUGGACGGGCCACUGAAGGUCGCAAUUCUCAUCGUUUCGACGACUGCGGCAGAAGAUCCUUCAACGGACUCGUCGGCCCAAGCUCUGCAGGGAGUGAUUGAUGGCCAAGGACCUGGGAAAUGGAGCGUUGACAAUACUUCUAUUGUCACUGAUGACGUUUCUACUAUCCAGCGCCGACUCAUGGCUCUGGCCGACGGGCCAGAAGCAGCAAAUCUCAUCAUCACCACCGGCGGGACAGGUUUCUCUGUAGCAGAUGUCACUCCAGAAGCUGUGACCCCGCUGCUUCACAAGCAAGCUCCAGGCCUUGUCCAUGCCAUGGUGUCCGCAUCUCUGGCAGUCACACCUUUCGCGAUGAUGUCCAGACCUGUCGCUGGAGUCAGGAAUAAGUCCGUAAUCAUCACACUGCCAGGCUCCCCGAAAGGAGCCAAGGAAAAUCUGGAAGCGGUAAUCAAGACUCUUCCUCAUGCUUGCAUGCAAGCGGCUGGCGCCAACUCUCGUGCCUUGCACGCUGGAGGUGUGAAAAAGCUCGAGGCGGACGCUGGCCUGGCUGGGGCAAAGCCAGGCCACCACCAUCAUCAUGGCCAUGGCCACAGUCAUGACCACAGUCACAGCCACGGCCAUGGACACGGCGGCCUUGUCAGACACACAAAGCCUGACCAAAACCUUCUAUCUAACGACCCGAGCCUGGGUCCCACUCGACGGCACCGCGAGUCCCCAUAUCCAAUGUUUUCUGUGGCCGAUGCUCUCGCUAGAAUAUCACAAGAAUCACCCGAUCCCGAAAUUCUGACCCUCAAAGUGGAUGAGAAGAUUGUAGGGUCCGUCUUGGCCGAAGAUGUCAAGGCCCGAGAGAACGUCCCUGCUUUCAGGGCCAGCAUUGUAGAUGGAUAUGCUGUUGUCGUCCCCGAGGAUGGAGUGCUCCAUGGGACAUUCCCCGUAGUGUCAGUUUCCCACGCAAGCCCUGGCGAAGUCAAGCCCCUGAAAGCUGGGGAACUUGCCAGGAUAACUACGGGCGCACCGCUACCUCCGGGGGCUACAUCUGUCAUAAUGGUAGAGGACACAAUCCUGAAAACCAUGACUGAUGAUGGGAAGGAGGAGAAAGAAGUGGAAAUCAACAUCGAAGGCGUCAAGAACGGCGAGAAUAUCCGUGAAAUUGGCAGCGACAUUGAACAAGGCUCCGUUAUUCUCCAAAAGGGGGAGCAGAUAUCGGGAGUGGGUGGUGAGAUAGGCCUCCUCGCUGCCGUGGGAGUUGUGGAGAUCAAAGUCUUCAAGAAGCCUGUAAUCGGUAUUCUUUCUACCGGGGACGAGAUCAUCGAGUACAACCGCCCCGAAGAACUUAGAUUGGGGGAAGUCCGAGAUACUAACCGGAUUACUCUCAUAUCUGCAGCAAAAGAAUGGGGUUUCGAGGUCGUUGACUUGGGUAUCGCGAAAGAUCAAUCGGGAACGCUCGAGGAGACUCUUCGGGAUGGUCUUCGGAGAGCUGAUGUGCUCAUCACUACGGGCGGAGUUUCCAUGGGGGAGCUUGACCUGCUCAAGCCAACAAUUGAGCGAGCUCUUGGGGGCUCUAUUCACUUUGGUCGUGUAGCCAUGAAGCCCGGCAAGCCCACAACUUUUGCCUCGGUGCCAGUCAAAACCAACGCUGGCGAUCGUGUCUCUAAAGUCAUAUUCUCUCUUCCUGGAAACCCGGCCUCAGCUCUGGUAACGUUUCAUCUUUUCGUUCUUCCCUCCUUACACAAACAGUCGGGCGUUUCCCCUGCCGGCCUACCCAAAGUUCCCGUCGUUCUCGCUCACGAUUUCCCACUCGAUUCCCGACCGGAAUACCAUCGUGCUAUUGUAACGGUUGGGGGCAAUGGUCUUCUAUCUGCCAGUAGUACUGGUGGUCAGCGAAGUUCCAAGGUCGGCAGCCUCAGGUCUGCAAAUGCGUUGAUAUGUCUGCCAGGUGGGAAAGGAAAAUUGGAAAAGGGCGCAACCGUCGACGCUUUGCUUAUGAACUCAAUUCGCUUGGGUUAA